GAAUGAACUAAUGGCCGACUUUGUUGUAUUAGACAACAUUGUAAUAUAAAUCCAACACCAAAUUACAUCGUUUGCAUCUCUGUCCAAAAAUGGGCUCCGAAGGUGAAAAGAUGCCGCCUCAUGUCCUCAUCUUCCCCUAUCCGAUUCAAGGCCAUCUCAGCCCCAUGCUCAAUCUAGCUCAUCUUUUCUGCUUAUCCGAAUUCCACGUCACCUUCAUAGUUUCCGACUUCAGCAACCGCCGCCUCCUUCAGCACACCGCCGUGGCCGCCACCUUCGCCCGCUACCCCGGCUUUCAGUUCCGGACGAUCUCCGAUGGCCUCCCGGACGAUCAUCCCCGCGCCGGGGAGAGAGUCUUGGAAGUCUUCCCCUCAGUCACAAACGUGAUGGUGCCGCGCUUCAAGAAGAUGAUGGUUGAUGAGGAUUUUUUGGCGUCCGCGGCGCGUAGGCCGGUUACGUGCCUUGUCGCGGACGGGUUGCUUAGUUUCGCCGUUGAUUUUGCGGAGGAGAGUCGGAUUCCUUUGCUGUAUUUCCGCACUUCGACUCUUUCUAAUUUAUGGGCUUUUUUCCAUAUAAAUGAGCUUAUGGAAGCUAAAGAAGUUCCUGUGAAAGGAGAUAUGGAUGCGUUAGUGAAAAGCAUACCGGGAAUGGAAAGUUUCCUCCGCCGCCGCGACCUGCCGAGCUUCUUCCGCGGUGGCGGCGAAUCGAACGAUUCCUUACUAAAGUCGUUGGCCGCCGUGUCGAGGCAGCUUGUGCGCGCACAAGGUGCAAUAUUUAACACAUUUGAAGACAUCGAAGGUCAGAUCAUAUCGCAAUUGGGCAGCCACAUACCGAAAAUCUACACCAUCGGCCCGAUCCAUGAGCACCUGAAAUGCCGGCUCGUCGAGAAGGAGGCCGAGGCCGAAAUUCUCUCCGGUAACUUCUGGGCAGAAGACCGGAGCUGCAUAGACUGGCUGAACGCCCAGCCGCCCAGAUCGGUGAUCUACGUGAGCUUCGGGAGCAUAACUGUUGUCACAAGAGAGCAGUUGAUGGAGUUCUGGCAUGGUUUGGUGAAUAGUUCUCAGAGAUUCUUGUGGGUGAUGCGCCCGGAUUCCAUCACCGGAGGUGAUCAAAUCCCGGCAGAAUUGAUGGAGGGUACUAAAGAAAAGGGUUACUUGGUGAAGUGGGCCCCGCAGGAGAAGGUGCUCAACCACCCUGCGGUGGGUGGGUUUUUGACGCACAGUGGAUGGAACUCGACUCUGGAGAGCAUUGUUGCGGGUGUGCCGAUGAUUUGUUGGCCUUAUUUUGGUGAUCAAACUAUUAAUAGUAGGUUUGUGAGUGAGGUUUGGGGAAUGGGUUUGGAUAUUAAAGAUAGUUGUGAUAGAUUGGUUGUUGAGAAGGCGGUUAGGGAGGUUAUGGAAGUGAGGAAGAAUGAGUUUAUCGAAAGGGCACAAGAUUGGUCUAAACUUGCUAGAAAGGCUGUUGGUAAAGGAGGUUCAUCAUCAGUCAACUUGGAUGAUUUGGUUGAUUAUGUUAGGUCAUUGGUAAUUUGAUUGAAUGACUUAAAUAAAGUAUAAUGGGUUUUAUAAAGUUUUCUUUGGUGAUUUUGAA